AUGAACUGGGGAACCUCGGCCAGCCCCGUUGCCAUGCUGCAAUCUGUGCUUUACGCACUUCUUGCAUCAAGCGGCCUGUACACGGUCUUCCUUGCGUUGCUCACCUUUCCGUCGCUUCAGAGGCAGGUGAUCUAUCUUCACAGUUUCACUCAAACUGGGACUCAGGAUCUCAACGUUCCCGAACAAUGGGGUUUUUUGCACAACCAGGUCACCCCCUUUUCUCUUAGCACGUCAGAUGGAGAGAACCUGCAUGCGUGGCACAUCUUACCGCUAGGGCUCUAUCGACAACACGAGGAAAGAAUCCUGAAGGAGCCAUCAGGGCUCGCGCUCAACGUCAAGCAAAAACUGGCUUUUGAACUCUUGCGGGACGAUCCCGAGUCGUUGUUGGUCCUGUAUCUGCACGGUGCCGGAGGGACUCUGGGCUCUGGUCACAGACCACCCAGCUACCGGGCAAUAUCCGCCGGCGCACCAGGAAGGAUUCAUAUCGUGGCCAUGGACUACCGAGGUUUCGGAUUGAGCACCGGGACGCCUUCUGAAGAUGGGUUGUUGACGGAUGCGACUGCGUUGGUUGACUGGGCCAUGAUCGAGGCUGGCAUACCGGCACACCGAAUCAUCAUCUGGGGUCAAUCUCUGGGCACCGCAGUCGCCACCAGCUUGGUCCACCGUAUGGCCUUCCGCGAUGAGCCUGUGCUGUUCUCGGGGCUUCUCCUUGUGGCGCCAUUUGCGGAUGUGACUUCCCUCACAGCUACCUACCGUGUUGCAGGCAAAGUCCCUCUUCUCGAUCCGAUUGCACGCUUUCCUCUCGUCCAUGACUUCCUUAACACGUUCAUUCUGGAUAAAUGGCCGACCAAGGAGAGAAUCGCUGAAAUUGUACGACGAUAUGGUAGCAUGCCGGACGGAUCGAGCGCGUACCACAUAUCCAUCAUUCACGCGGAAGAUGAUCUCGAUAUACCGUGGUCCCAUAGUGAACAGUUAUUUUGGCACGCCGUGAACGCGUCCUUGCCCGUCGGUAUCAGCUUCGAAGAGCUCAAUAAGCAGAAAGAAGUCGCGAAGGUGCACACGGAUGCUGGAGGCUGGUCUGUCACUCGGGAGACUGGGAAGGGCGUCAUCAGAGAGCACAUCACCCAGUAUGGGGUGCAUGACAAGAUAAUGGGAUACCCAGUUGUGAGUCUGGCUGUGCUCAAGGCAUUUGGAAUCUGA